AUGGCAUUAAUUUCAGCUGCGGAGGUUGUCACAGAUUAUAAAGCUGAUAAGUUAUGGGAAGAUGGUCGAUUAAUAGUAGCACCAAAAGUAGAAGAAUCAAUAUUGAUGAAUUGUGGCACAGUGGAAGUUGAACGAUUAUCUAUUUUGGAGGAUAAAUCGUUUCUAUUUGUGGGGAACUCUUUUGACUUGAUAAAGUGA